CCCAGAUAGCAGUGCAGUACUGAUAGUAGAGCUAGGAAGGAUCGAUGGCCUGCAGUAGAGCAAUGGUAGCCCUGAUGGGGCUUGUCCUUGCCGCGCUGCUCUUCCCAGCAGCUUUGUCGUCCAGGCGGCCGGAUCAGCUUAUCUCCAUGACCACCGAUGGCCAGUACCAUAGUACACGUCCAGUAGUGACCAUAGCCGACGGUCUCACUGCGGACUACCAUGACGUGUCGUGCCCCGAUCUGCAGGGCAUCGUGCGCACCGCCGUGGUAGAAGCCCUACAGGGAGAUAUCACCAUCGCCGCUGACCUCCUCCGUAUGUUCUUCCACGACUGCUUCCCGCAGGGAUGCGAUGCGUCGAUUCUUCUGCUGGGAACUCCAUGGAGUGAGAUGAGAAUGCCGCCGAACCUGUCUCUAGAUAUCAGGCGGAAAGUGGCGUUCCUCAUGGAGGACAUCCGCGCCAAGGUGCACGAAGCCUGUGGGCCCACCGUCUCCUGCGCCGACAUCAUGGCCCUUGCCACUCACGACGCCGUUAUAGCGUCGGGUGGCAAACCUUACCAUGUGCCACUCGGUAGGCUCGACAGCUUCGAGCCCGCGCCGCUGAGGUUCGUCGAGGAGCUCCCGCCCCCCACCUUCAGCAUUGGCCAGCUUAUAGCUGCCUUCAAAAGCCGCAGCCUCGACGAGAAAGACCUCGUGGUGCUCUCUGGUGCGCAUACCAUUGGGAAAGCUCAUUGCGCCACCUUCAGCGACCGUUUCCCCAACUCCGACUCUGAUGACUUUGUCCGAAGGCUACAAGAUAACUGCACCGCCGACGUGAACCGGCGUCAGGACCUUGAUGUUACCACCCCGGAAAAGUUCGACAACAAGUACUACAUCAACCUCAAGCAGGGGAAGGGGGUUCUUACAUCCGACGUGCAACUCCUCCUCAACGAGACCACCCGAGGGUACGUGAACGACUUCGCCGACAACGAGUGGUGGUUCUGGAACCAGUUCGGCAGCUCCAUGAGCAAGAUGGGGAUGCUCCAGGGACCUCAAGGAAACGUCGGCCGCAUCCGCCAGCAGUGCUACUAGUCUCAUCGUACGUCCAACCUAUUGAGGUGUUUGCUGCCUGCAUUCUGCUUCCUUCAGAUGGGAUCGUUUUUUUAUAUUCAAAUAAGAGGAGAUCACAUAGUAACUAUGUUGAAGACGACUGUUAAUCUCCUUGUAAUAAGAAAUAGCAGGCUGGCUCUACCCCUUUAUCACACGAAAUUUACUACUCCUAGUACUUACAAACUGUACGGUAAAGCC